AAUAAAGGUCUGGCUCUCCGGUUGCAUAUUGUUGGACACGGAACUCCGGAUGAACGUAGACACUGGCAGCGAGAGCCGGUUUAACUUUACUUAGACAAGACAACACGGGACUGUGCUUGUCCUCUCGCUGAGCAGGUUCAAUGGACGUCCUAAUCCUCCAUAGCGGAUAGGUGAAGGGGUGUGUGUGCAUGUGGCCACAGGUGGCGCAACAGGACCAUGGAGCCUGAUGUCAUCCGUCUGUACUCUUCCUCUCCGCCUCCACUGGAUGCGGCUGGAGAGGAAGAAGAGGAGGAUGAGUUUGGUGAGUUCGGGGGUUUCGAUGGUGGAGGGGUGUCAACCAGUUUCAGCUUCUCAGAGCUUGACACGCCCACAACAUUCAACCAGUCAAACGCACUGGAGGACUCCCCACCUGACCUGUACAUCAAAUCCGUGCAGAAUGUCACUGUUUCGGGGAGUGGAUGGGAUAAUGAUAAUAAAAUGGAAGGAGAAUCAAUCCACAAUGUUGAGAAAACAGAGAAGGAAUCGUCUGACAUCCUCACAGAUGGCAUUGAAUCCUCUGACCUACAGAUGGAGAUCUCCGUCGAAUAUGGUCAGAAAUCUCACUCAAUAAUUCCUGAUGUCCAAAAGAGCUGUAUGGGUGAUGGACACGGCCUCAGUAACGGCUACAGUGUGUCUUGUGCAAAUUCAGAGCAGGACAGUGCUCUUUCCACCUGCUUACACAGCACAGACACCGAGGAACACUCUGGACUAGACGUAAACAUAGCUGAUGUGUUUGACAGAAAGCAGUUAAUUAACCAAACGGACAACCUGCCAGACUCAAACGGUCAGUCAUUGCAUGAAGAAGAAUCUGAACCUGGAGAGACGGAAACGAGACUGGAGUUAUCUGGUGACUCCCAGUCAUUUACUACCAGUAGACAUGCAAAGGAGGCUGAAGGUGAGCAGGAUCAAAUAGAGAACUUUGUUGUUUGUGGUGACGCAGGCUGUCUAGACAGGUCAGAGGACUCUGUUGACAUAGCCGAAACAGAGAAGGACCCCUCAAAGGAUGUGGAUCUAAUCUCUGACACACAGCUGAGCAGAGACACAAGGGAAAUUCAUGGAUCAUCUGUAAAGGCAGGGGUGGAAGUAAAUGAGGAAGUUGAGACAAACAUAGACCCCACAGCUGAUGAGGAUUUUGGAGAUUUCAGAGAUGCAACUCAGGGUUUUGCAGACUUCAGCCGAACUGAAUCUAUAACCCAGGACGGAUUUCCUGAAUUUGUCACAGCGAUGUCCAGGUGCUCCACGGAUGAUGAGUUUGAUGACAUGGACAGCCUGAAGGACUUCAAGGAUGACCUUGAGCUGGCUGAGGAAACAACGGACAAUGAAGUAGCUUUUUGUUCUGAGUUGCCUCCUAGUGACAGUUUUGCCGACUUCAGUUCAGCUCCGUUUGUAAGUGUGGCGGUGGGAGAGGAGGACAACUGGGCUGCGUUUGGACCACCUGAAGUCACUGAAGAGGGUCAAGGUUCAUGGGCCACAUUUGGGAUCGAACAGAGUACUUCCCUGGGUAAAGAAGUACAAGAUUUUGAGACUUCAGCAGCACCCUCUAGUGACAACCUCCAGAGUAGCACUGCUGAUUUCAGCUGCAAAACACAGCAUCUCUUCAGAACUGCCUUCCCUUCAGAGAUCCCUCCUGAGGUCAACGGGGUCACUGAGGUCUUGCCCCUCCACAAAUUCCUACAGGCUCAGGAUCUUCAGGAGCAAAGGGAUCCAAGCAGCUCUUUUGCACAGGAGAAUGCAUUGGCCAUGUGGCGCCACCUUCAGGACAUCCACGGCAGUCAUGGCCUUAAGUACAAGUGGGCUGGUUCGCAUAGCAACAGAAUACUUCUGGAUUGCCUAGGAAUCAGGAAUAUUUUGUUCACUGGAGAUAAGAAGCAGCCGGUGAUCGUGCCUAUGUUUGCUGCUGGACUGGGAAUGCUGGAACCCACCAAAGAGUCUCAAAAAUCGCCAGCCUCCCCUGCACUUUCCCUUUCUGAUCCUGUGGAGAGUGGAAAUAUUCUAUGCACUCAGGUGGCAUCCUCUUUGGCCAUUAGUACUGACGGUGUUGAUCCAGAGAUAUAUGAACUGACUACAGCUAAAAUGGAAAACAACGCCACUGGGCGCUACAUUGCAGAUGCAUUUACAAAACUCAUGGAGUCUAUGGAGAGAACCAGAACAACAGCCAGGAAGCCAGAAAAAGAUGAAAAGAUGAGCAAAGAAGCAGCAAAGGUGAUCUCUCUUCUCCCUGACCUAUCCUUCAUGCAGUCCAGGGUCCUAAUGUUCCCCUCCAUCCUAACUCCAGCAGCCAAUCACAUAUAACCGAACACGGCAUCAGCCAAUCACCUUCCAGCCUCAUCAUUCACUGGUUUUAUAGACAGCUCCAAAAACAAUUCAAGUCACCCUUUAUUCCAUAUUUAAUAUAACAAUUUAAUAUUUUAAAGGCUGCCUAUUUCUUCACUUCCUCAGUUGUUCAAUGUUUUUAACUGGAUUGAAUCAUACAGCUAUAUGUGAAAACAUCCCUGAUGAUUUUUUCUUUAGCAGUAAAGACACUUUAUCUGAUAUACACACAGUAUUUACAGUAUAUUCACCCUUUAUGUCUGAUACAUGACUAUGGUUUUAUUUUUGAGUGCUGUUUGUGAAAAUCUAAGUCCUUUUAAAUGGCACUUCUCACUCAGUGAGGUGAAAUGCAGAAUUGCACAUUUUACUACUUGAAACCAGAGUCUGUAAAUAAAAACUGAUCCCUGGUUACUUUAUAAAUACAAAUGUAUUAGUAUGUGCUUUUUUAUGUUAUUUGUCUGUAUUGUUUUAAAUAUCAUUCAGUUCAGUGCUUCCUUUAACUGAUUUAUAACUACCUUUUUUUUCUAACCAUCCUUAACUUUUUACUUCUAAUAGUUGUUUUAUUUAUUUGUUUUACCACAACUGACAAGCACACAAGAAAAGACUAUAUUAAUAAUGUGGUUUUGAUAAGGGAGGUUUUAUUAAGGGAGCUGCAUCUUUUUGCAUGUCUGCUUUUUUACUUGUUUGUUGUUUGUUUUAUUAAUAUGUCUUGUCACUGUAUUAUUUUAAGGUGAAGCUUAUGCACAAUCAGAUAUACUAUGAAUAUGACAGCAGUGCUAUAACGUCUUAAAGAAAAGAUGGUUUGCAGCUACUGUUCCUGUGGGAAAAAAUGUAUAAAGGAUGCUUUGUCUGUCUUAUGUUUUAAAUUGUAUUUUAAAGUUUAACAAUAAUAAUUAAAAAAGGCACAGAAUUUAGUCCUAUUUCUUUUUGGAUGGUUUACAGCAUUUAAGAUCUCUUCACAUACUGUGUGUGGCCUCUGUUUGUGUCUGAAACGUCUAGCUUCUCUGGUGAUUUGUUUAUCCGAAGGGAGCUGCUGUUUAUCUGUUUUCUGUUCUUUUCUCCUGUUUGUUCACAUUAGUGCUACUAGCUAUAUCAG